ACUAGUAAAAGGAAUGCUUCGAUAUACCAUUAUUCAUUCCAAGUCAGUUACCUGAUUACGACGCCGGCUGCUUCUCAAACAUAUGUCAGUGGGGCGAAGGAAUCGUGUUUCACGAUCUUUACUACACAUGGAGGUUUAGCUACAGCCACAGCUCGCAUGUUUCUAGAUUUUGAUGUCCGCAACAGAAGAAACCGCCGCGAAAUGUGGACGCUGGCGUUCUAGGAUGUCGUGGAGGGAAUUUCUCGCACAAAAAUGCAGGAUAAAGAAUGAGUUAAUCAGGCUCUUUCUUGCCGAGUUUCUGGGCACUUGGAUUCUGAUGACGUUUGGUAAUGGCUCUGUGGCACAGUCAGUAUUGACAGCAGAAUCCGCAGGGACGUUCCUCUCUGUCAACUGGGCCUACGGCUUCGGAGUGAUGUUUGGUGUAUACGCAUCUUUCAAUGUGUCAGGAGGCCAUAUAAACCCAGCUGUCACCUUAGCAAUGGCGAUGCUCGGCCGGUUACAGUGGCGAAAGGUUCCCGUCUAUAUUGUAGGCCAGUUCCUCGGCACCAUCGCCUCUUCAGCUGUCGUUUAUGGAGUUUACUACGAUGCCCUGAACAACUUUGAUGGUGGAAACAGGACGGUGGUUGGGCCCACUGCCACAGCCGGUAUAUUCGCUACCUAUCCAAAGGAGUAUGUGUCAACGUGGACGGGCCUGGGCGAUCAGAUCGUCGGGACAGCUUUGCUGCUGAUGUGCGUUUGUGCUGUGGUGGACAAGUUAAACGCUGACCCUCAGCAGGGGUUGAUUCCCCUUGUGAUCGGCAUGAUCGUCGUGGCCAUCGGGUUGGCAUUUGGGUCAAACUGUGGCUACGCCAUCAACCCCGCCAGAGAUCUCGGACCUAGGAUAUUUACAGCACUAGCUGGAUGGGGCGGUGCUGUUUUCAGCUUCCGGGGUUACAACUGGUUCUGGGUGCCAGUAGUAGGACCUAUCGUCGGUGCUAUCCUGGGAGCUCUGACCUACCAGAUCAUGGUGGGCAUCCACUGGCCUGAUCAGGUCUCGUACAUGGUGGAACAGCAUCCCGGGCAAGGCCACGUCAAUGUGGGUUUGUCAAUGCAAGAGGAGGGGAAACGAAAUUGACAAAGUUCCAACGUUCAGACGAUCCAAAUGAUGAAAUGACCGACCCGGUCCCUGGUAGCACAAUCAAUCUGGUUAGCAAUCAGUAGCAAGAUAGCAUCUGAUAAAGAACGAAACCUAAUGAGAAAUGCCUACUGAUUUCAUUCAAUCAAAGGCAGGGACUCCAGUGAAGGAGUGAACUCUGUUGAUGAAACAUUAUAAUCGAGAUUCAACAACUACGGUAUCUACUGGUAUCACAUGUGGUACUGUACAGAGGCAUGAUCCGAGUAUAUCACGGUCUUUCUGUAGUCCUGGUUUAUCGAGCUUCUACAAUGACGUUUGUGAUGUAAAUCUCCACUUUUGUAAUUAUUGUCAAUUAGUUAUGUGCUCAUGUGUAAAAUCAGUCCACAACGGCUUCUGAUUAUCUAUGUCUUGGGCUCUCCAGUAACAGUGUACAACUGUACCCAUGCUCAUCAAAGAGUGAACCUAGAAUGGCUCAGAAUUCCUCAACCCGUUUAUUUGUCAAUCUACAGCUCUUGUUUAUCGAAGCUCUUUCUUGGGCCCGUUUAUUCAGGGGGUACGAACCAAGGAGAGGGCAUGCGUAAAUAUGAGGACCAUUUUUGCUCACGUACAUGUGGAGGAAUUGCAAAGAUGAUUUGAGCAUUUUUAUUGGACAUAUAACGUAUCACUUAGUAUGAAAAAGAUUAGAAGGUUGGAAUUAAUAGUAUACUGAUUUCGAACUUCACAUUUGUAAGAUUAUUGAAUCGCAUUUUUUAGAAAGGUUUACAAAUAACCUCAACAUUUGUGCACCAAACAUCUGGAAUCAGGAUUAAAACACAUCCAACUGUCUUUCACAAACAACAACAGAUACCAUACUGAUGCUGUCGAGAAAACAAUUCAACGUACCAUCGUGACAGGAGAGACAAACGGGGUGCAGUGUACAAGUUGGACUGCUCCUGCCGACAGAGCUGUAUUGAGGCAACAUGCAGACCACACGCUGAACGCCUGGUAGAACACCAAAAGGACCCACAAACAGCCCACAAACACUCAAGAACGAACAUAGAACAUUCAAUCAAUUGGGAUGAUGUCAUUAUACUAAUCAUGCGGUUAAAAGACGGAGAAAACUAACCGAGGCUCAACAGACCAAGAAACCCUCCCUGAAGAGAGACAAUGGCCUUGUUCAUGCCAACGGCUUACGCUACCUAUUAGCAUUCAAUAGAGCUGUUCUGUGGUGUGUGAAUUACUAAUCCCUUCUUGGUGGAGCACAUCACAUGUCUAUACUUGGAUGAAUUGUGCACGUCUGACCACUUUCGUGUAACACCACUUUUGCCUUUUUCAUAUACACUCUAAUCAAUAAUGAAAUGAAAUAAAAAACGUA